AAUUCUCAGUUAUGGGAGCUUUUAAAUGGAAUUCGGCUUCGUUGUGGAAUUCAAUUUAGGAGGAAACGGAACGGAGACGCAGUGAAGACUGAGGCUUAACUGAGGGAAAAAGAAUGCCGAAGAGAACGACGCACACGUACUCGAGCGAGGACGCAGCCCCCGAUGGCCCAGAGUCCGAUCUGUUCGUCUAUUACUGCAAGCACUGUGGUUCUCAUGUUCUCAUCACAGAUACCCAGUUGCAGAAAAUGCCAAAGCGUAAAACUGACAGAGCAUAUGUGCUGGACAAGGAGAAACAUCUUGCAAGACUGAAUAUUAGUGAGGGUGGAAAAGUUCUUUUAAAACGUGGCGAAGGGAAAUUGGAAAAACAAUUCCGUAUGACCUGUGUGGGUUGUGGGCUUUUUGUUUGUUACCGCACAGAAGAAGACUCAGAAGUUGCCCCUUUCAUUUAUGUUGUUGAUGGUGCGCUUAGCUCAGUUGCAGCAGAAACUAACCCUCAGGAUGCGCCAGUCCCACCCUGCAUAUCACAGUUAGAAGGUGGUCUUGUUCAAGUGGCAAUAGAAGUAGAAGACCGUGCCCAGCGUUCUGCAAUUACAAGAGUAAAUGCAGAUGAUGUUCGUGUAUCAGUAGCUGCACCUGCAGCACGGGGAGAAGCUAACAAUGAGCUGUUGGAAUUUAUGGGCAAGGUGUUGGGUCUACGGCUGAGCCAAAUGACUCUUCAAAGGGGGUGGAAUAACAAGUCAAAGCUACUUGUGGUGGAGGACUUGUCCGCUAGACAGGUCUAUGAGAAACUUCUGGAGGCUGCACAACCUUGAUGCUUCCUGCAUCCAGCUUCACAUCCUUCUUCUGGUAUAUGUGUAGGUCCUGGUCUAUAUCACAUGCCAGUGCUGGGUAUGUUUCAUCUGAGGUCCAUAUAACUGUUACCUUGAUGCUUCUUGCAUCCAGCUUCACAUCCUUCUGGCAUAUGUGCAAGUUCAGGUCUAUAUUAUGUGCCUGUCUGUGAUGGGUAUAAUUUACCCAAGGGUGGAAGACAUUACACAUGACUCCUCUCCUCUUUGGAAUAUGAAUUAUUCUAAAAAGAAGAUGAUUAAGUUCUGUUUUUGCAUGAAACAAAUUUGUGCUUCUUGUUGUGGACUCAUUGAAUUUUUUUGGAAAUGUGAUCCUUAUUUUGUGUGCGA